UUUAGGAGUACUAUUGUAUUUGGCGACAGCGGUACUAGUAUGGAGGAGGAGGAGGAGUCGCCGCUGCCGCUGCCGCCGUCGUCUCCGGGAGUCGAGCCGGUAGAACUGAAAGACUGCGUAGAAGAGCUAUUGAAAUUCACACUCAUUUCCUCCAUACAAGGCAAGAUUCAAAUCGGUCUCUCCAACGAAUACUGCGCCGAUCUCCUCAGAGACGAUCCGUCAGCUCCCCUUCACACUAACGCGGUUUCCGGAGGAGUUCCGUCGUAUCCUUUAUACAAGCGACUAGCAUCGUCUCUAUAUCAGUCCAUAUGUUCUGGAGCGUUAUGCACAUCAUACAAAGAACUUAUACCAUCUGAUGAAGAAUUGAACCAUAGGAAGAAAGAUGAAGAAUGGAAUAAGAUGAUUGUAGAAAAAGGUUCUGCUUUACUAAGUGUGCUGAGAGAAGUAAAUUUUGAGCUUCACGUCCAGGAGCCUUUCUUCUCUUUGCUCAGUGGUAUUCAUCUCUUGAUUUUAAGUUCUGAUGGUGUGAAAACAAUUGAAGGAAGGUGUGCAGUUGGUGACUACAAGAGAAUCCGAGCUGGACAUGUACUUUUAGUCAACAAGUGUUUAACGCUUCAAGUUCAGGACGUCCGGAAAUAUUCUUCGUUCUGUGAGAUGCUGGAAGUAGAAAGUCUAGCAAGUGUUCUUCCGGGAGUAACAAACAUUGAAGAAGGUGUGCAAACCUAUAGAAAUUUCUACUCAGAAGAAAAGGAAAGAUCAAAUGGAGUCCUUGCUAUACAUGUUCGAACACCAACUUCUCAGCUUCGUGUUAUAACGGCCUCCAUAGUUUCAGGUCUGAGCUACGGUGGAGUUCAAAAACUUCUGGGCUUCGUAGAGACCGCGGGAACAAAUCCAGAGUUACUUCCUCCCCCGACAUCAACCCUGCUAUCCACAUUUUCGUCACCACAUAAUCCUGAUUUUAAAGGUUCGAUGUUGACAAAUGGUGCCAGAGCUCUAGCAAAACAUGUGAACAGAAGCUGUGAAGGAUACUGGGGUCCCUUACAUGGAAGUGACAAGGAGAAGAAUAGGCAUGCAGUGGAGACAAUCAGCCGUCUGCUGGCUCAUUGUAGCUGGAUGAACAUGCAUAUUGUUCGACCACAUGGAAGCGUCUUCGAGAUCAGGAACGAUGAUGGUUAUGGCGCACGAUGGUCUGUAGAUGGGACUAAGUUUAUAGGAUUUUUGGAGCCGUAUGCGAUUGAUGGAUACUCCAAGGGUUGGAAACAUUAGUGUCUCUUCCAUUAGACCAGCCAACUUGAAACUCAUUGUUUAAGAAUGUACAUUUGUACCAGACGAAAAAGACUAUGUAUGUUGAUGAAGUAUGUGAAAACGAAAUGUUACUAUUUAGGAAUUUCUAUUUUUCUAUCAGCAAAAA